AACCAAAUGAGAUAUGGACUCAGUGCUCAGAGGAGUCUGAUCAAUGUUUGUAGUAGAAGAUUCUUCGGGAAGGAUGCCAAAGAACAAUUUCUGAAGAAUCUUUCAUCUAUUCCCGCAUCGAAACAUCCUCGCCUAGUCUCGGAUUCCGACGCGAAUUCGGCAAUGUCUGUUCUGAUUCCGCUUGUGACUGUUGACGGUCGUGAUUCUGUGCUUCUAACGAAACGAUCGAUUCAUCUCAGAUCGCAUCGUGGUGAAGUAUGUUUUCCAGGUGGUCGAAUGGAUCCAGGAGAAACUACAACUGAAACUGCUCUCCGUGAAACGUUUGAAGAAAUCGGGGUUAACGCUGAAAGUGUGGAAAUCUGGGGUCAUUUGAAAAGUGUGAUAAGACGGCAAGCGGAUUUCAAUGUUACUCCGAUUGUUGGAUACAUUUCCGAUGAGCGAGUUCUCGAGAAUCUGGUGGUCAACUCUGAUGAAGUACAAGCUGUUUUCACGAUUCCAAUUGAUGAACUUAUCAAAAAAGCCGGACUAACUAAAUUCCAAAGCAAGAGAAUGAAGUACACACUGCCUUCGUUCGAUUCCACGGAGUUCAAGGUCCAUCACAAUGCUCCGAACGAGUAUCUUCAUUCCACCCAGCGAGUUUGGGGGCUUUCUGGUGUAAUGUUGCAUCAAGCAUUGACCCUGCUGAAUCCAGAUGUCUAUAAGCAUGAUUUAAUUGUGAAAUUUUUCUAAUUCUUAGGAUCUGUGUAGUAUUUUUUUUGUUCGUAGAAUUGUUGCCAUAAACUUCGGGAGACUAAAGAUAAAACAUUUACAAGUCAU